AUGCCCAUUGCUUUCCGCCUGCUUAGAAACGACGCCAUCCUGCCCAGUCAUACACGAAACUUGCUCUUGCCGUCAUACACGCCCACUACCCACCCAGAGACGCUUUCUCGUUUCCGCAUCCGUGCUGAUUCCGUCUCGUCUGAACCCAGCACAACAAGCUCGCCAGCAUCCACCAGCCCCGCCUCUUCCUCGGCGCGUUCAUCUUCUUCAAGUGAUAUCUCUGUCUCAUCCAGGUCAAAUAGCGUGUCUGUCUCUCCUAGCUCAUCCUCCAUGUCGAGUUCAUCGCCAGCUAGUUCCUCGAGACGAUCUUCGUCUUCCAUAACACGAUCUUCGUCCUCUGCCAAGCCUCCGAUAUCGUCCUCGUCAUCUGCUCAUCCAAGCUCACAAAUUCCAUCCUCGAGUGUCACGCGCCCUCAACUGUUUUUUCCCACAACCCCAGCCACGGUCGGAAACGCAGGAGGCGGAACUCCGUUUGCACGCAAUGUUGGGGGAAUUGUGGGUGUUGCGAUUGGUGCCUUAGUGGCCAUCGUUGUGGGGGGAAUCCUGCUAUUUCUUGUCUGCCGUCAGUUUUCCCCCCGGCGACGAAACACGCGGCGAACUCGAGAGCUGGAGUUAUCUGCUGCAGGUGUCGAUUUGGAUAGGCUUGAUGGGGCUCGCUCACCCCAUUACUCGCUCCGGAGAGGUGGCGUUGCUAGCCCUCCCCGUCCUCCAAUGCCAAAUGCACCCGCGUCAAGUUCUUCGGUCGCUGCUCUCCUCGCCCGCUUCCGUCGACGAUCAAGUAUGCGGACACCACAGUCUGAGCGAUUCGAGGGUGGGACCAAUGCAAUCGCUGGAACACCCCCGCUUGCGCCCGCGCCAAUAGCCAUUCCUCCCCAGAGCACCAUCCUCGACAAUGCUUCCCCAACAUCAGCGACAUUUUCACCAAUAGUCGCGCCAUCUCCAAGACCGGGCUCACUUCUGAAUCCGCGACAGUAUCCCGACUCUGACCCGCGUCCCCUCAGUCCUCCUCCACUCGCACCGUGGUUGGCACAGCCUGGUGAUGCUACUCCUCCAGCGUCACAGCCUGUCGGAGAGGGUGAGCGUGUGGGUACACCGCAAGGUUUACUGAGACCCAGCCUCGCGACCUUGCAACACCCGUCGUUUAUGGAUCACGUGGACUAUUCAAGGCCCAUCAGUGGUCGCAUCGCACUGCGCGCCAACAGCGAGCAAACCAUAACGACGCCGGAGCUUGAGCUAGGACCACUUAUAUCUAACGCGGACGAACUUCCUGGACAUCACGCUCUUUGA